AUGGCAUUAACUACCAAGGCCUCGACAUAUGACUUUUAUCGCGCUCUUGAAAAGUCAACAAACAACACAGGGAUUAACCUCCCACCCUCGCGUUACCCUGCACUAUUCCGGAUGAUUCUUCAAUGGCGGCAUUUACAAAUGCUAAAGUGGGCGGGGAGAGGGCAUAGCCCCACAGGGGCUGCAGGUACAGGCGAGGGUGAGCUUGCAAUUCAGUGCCCGUCUUGCCCACAUCCCAGUAUAAAUCUUCCUGUUGGCUGGGAAAAUGCGCCAGACGAAAUGAAAUUCCUCUAUAUGGUUAUGAUAUGCAUGGACGCCAACUUCCGAUUAAAAAAUCAGAUGGUGUCUAACUGGUCUCAAGACCCUGGGCUUGGAAUCGGGUGGGCGUAUAUGAUACCACUCAAAGGAUAUGAGGAGUAUGUCAAGAGCCGGCUGUCAGACAAAGACAUAAGCACAUGCGUUGGGUUUCAAGCACUAGCCAAGGCCAAUACAAAAUUUUCAAUUGGACUACGUUACACGGGCCUGGGACUUACAGUAUGCGGUCGCUCAGAGAUGAUUAUGAGAGUUGGAAAUCUACAUAAGGGAGAAAGAUAUGCCAACAUGGACUACAUUUUUGCUUCAAUUCUUCGAACAUUGGCUGUACAAUUUGUGCUGGCAAGCUACGAUAUAGCUUGUCAGUGGUUCAUCAAUCUUCUUCGGCGAAUCGAAACACAGUGGCCAGAUGAAAUCAAGCCACGUUCCAACAUCACACUGAUGCCCGCAAUCCCCAAGCUGCAUGAGCCAAUGCACAAGCAGCAAAAUCAUGAGCUAUACUCCUACAACUACAUGCCUGGUGUUGGUUUAUCAGACGGAGAGUGCCCCGAGCGUGUAUGGGCGCCGCACAAUGUCCUGGCAAACGCAACCAAGACUCAGGGUCCGGGUUCACGACAUGACACUCUUGACGACCAUUUCGGCUUUUGGAAUUGGCUCAAAUAUACGUCGAUGGGAACUACGUUGCUUCGAAAGUAUAAAAAUGCGGUGGCUCAGCGAAAUAUUCAGACAGAGGGCCAUCGGGGCUUGACAGAUUCUUUGGAAGACCCAAGACUUGUGCCUGCAUGGGAGAAAAUGUGUGUCGAAUGGGAGAAAGAUCCCUUUCCAAAAACCACAGCAAAAAACCCAUAUUAUGUGAAGGAGACUGGUGCAUCUGAAGCUGAAGUCAAGAAGGCCCUUCACGAUGAAGAGGCUGAAUUUUUAUCUAAAGGUGGAACGUUACCGCACAAAACUACCCCGUCUGUCUUUAUUGGUAUGGGCCUAGACCUUGAGGAAGCACAGCGGCGACUUAAACGGCUAGCUACCAACACGAGUGCAGAUGCCACUAUUCGCCAAGAAGGCACACUCACGGAGCAGCAAAAUAUCCUCACUACACGCAUUCGGGCAUGGGAGCAACUUGUUCCCAUCUAUAUGCCAGGACUGCUUCAGUAUCAGACAGAUAAUCCGCCGACAGAGCAGUCAACGCACGCCGAAGACAUUGUCCUGUGGCUUCCAUCAAUGGUACCCGCAGAAUGCAGAGAAACUAUCUGUGUGGCCGGCUUGGCUGAUGUCGAACAGAAGCUGCGGAUGGCGCAUAUGACCGACUCUUUGAAUGCAAUACGGCAGAUUCUCAAAAUCAAGUCACGAAUGAUUGAAUUCAAAAAUAAAAACAUACGAGGACAACGUGGGGGAACCAGGUCAACGUCAGUUAUCGACCGCGUGCAUGAGCGUGCACGAUUUGCAGCAGGAAAAUAUCGUGCAGCUCGGAAAGCUUAUUUCGAGUUGGCAGGACCUGGUAACUGGGAGCAGAAUUACCGUGUACUUGCAGACGGAGAUAUUCGAGCAUAUCAAGAUCCUGCUCGGCUAGGACCCAGAAAGGGACGCCGCGGAACGCUUGAUGAUGAACAGGUCGCGGCAGGGAUGGAUGUAGAGAAUCAGCCAGAAGAGGGGGAUCUUUUCCUGUUCAACGAGGAGCGCACCAAGCGUCAAGAAUCGGGUCAGACACGGCGAACUCUGUCAUGGAUCUGGACGGUUCGUACCAAUGCUGCAGACACAACAAGCGAAGAAGAGAAAGAUGAUCUCUUGCGUGUUGAAUGGGCGAGGAGCCGAGCUAGGGUCAUGCGCGCAAAAGAGGAGGUUUCGAUGUUGAAGGAAGAGAUGCGGCGAACAUUAGUGUUUUUGGACUGGAAAGCUGCCUGGUGGCGAGAACGCAAAAACGCUAUCUCUAACGCGAGUAGCGAUCGCUUGGAGGCCAUUUCCGCAUUUGCCAUUGUGCAAGCUGACCUUCAAGAUUCCUUGGCGGAGCAUUUCCGAAAUCUGUGGCGGUCUCCAUUACAAGAGGCAACAUUGCGUGCUGCAGGUUCUUCAAUUGCUGCCACUGAGCCCACAUCAGUUUCUUCGACUGACCCUGCCUCGACAUUGACAUUGCUUGGAGAUGGAGAUGAAGGUGAUGAUAACGGUGACGACGACGACGAGUACAACGAGGAAGAAAUGUUUGAAGAGAGUGGUGUGGAGGAGUUGGAUAUCACUGCAAAUAGUGUAGCAGCAUUGGUGUAA